AAUUAAUUAGUUCUAUUAAUGAUACAACCGGUAGUGUAUACUCAAUCUAAGCGACCCUUAUUAUCAAAAGAACAACCUUCUAUACGCACUACACGCGUGCAUGCAUGAAUGCUCUCGCUUCUUGUAAUUGUUUGGUAUGCGACACACAUUGUGUCUGUUGAAUUCUGAGGAAUUUUCGGAGGUGAUGCGAGUCCAAAAGGCAAAUGUAGGACUCUCUUUGACAAGAAAAUGAGGGCCACUGCUGAAAUGCGUUAAACAAGCACAAGACAAUCAGGUGGUCAUCCUCUUUUCAAGACGGUAACAACCCCUCAAACUCAAUCCUAUUUCUCUACAAGCUCUUAUACAUACGGAUCCCAUAAAGUUAUCAAUCAUUCCCAUAGAACUGCAGACUAGCACCCCCGCAAAAAUGGCACUCCAUUACAAUCUCAGGCUGCUCUUCGCCUCCUGCACUCUUUUCAUCUCCUUCCGCUUGGCAGAAUCCCAAUUUUCCCCCAACUCUUCCCCCAACCUGCAGCCUGAGCCCUCCCCAGGAUCGGCACCCAUCCCCUCACGAUUGCGAAUGCCAUUCAGAGGGAUCUCACACGUGCUAACUCCAACACCAGCCCCCGGACCAGCUGACGUGCCAUCACCAGGGCCCGUGCAACCGCCAUUACAGGGACCUGCCUUUGCGCCAUCACCAUCGACAUUGCUGGGACCAGCACCUGAGCCGAUAUCAUCCCCCGGACCAGCACCAGUUCCAACACCAUCUCCUGCAGCAGGCCCUCGUGCAUCAUACCCUCCAUCAAUCUCAGAACCACCAUCUAACUCCAUCUCGCCCAUUGCAGCACCACCAACAGACUCCGAUGGACCCUUCGAUGUUGAGUCACCAACGACUCUUGCCCCAUCAACUGAAGUUGAUCCAAGAGUGAAGGAAAUCUGUGACUCAACCCAUUAUUCCUCCCUUUGCCUAGCCACAGUUGUUCCCCACCUCAACGGCAAAACUGACGUUUCAUCUGUCCUCGAGUUAGCCAUCAUGGCUGGUGCUAAACUCACAAAGCAUGCCCUGUUGGUGGCCAAGAACGUUACUGAAGAACCAGGAAUUAAUCCGGAGCUCUUACAAACCCUCAAGGAAUGCACCCGCAGUUACGAGAUAGCAGUGAACAAUUACCAGAACGCGGUUUAUGCUUUUCCUAGAAGGGAUAAAGGCACCAUGAACAGCAUGCUCAGUGCUGUCAUAAUAGAUAUUGGAGAUUGCGAGGAUGCAGUCUCAGCGCAUGCAGUCGAGUCCCCGUUGUCUAGUAUUGGUGGUAGGUUGACACACAUGACAAGCAAUUGUCUUGCUAUUGUUUCCCUCUUGGAUUGAUAAUCCUAAUCCACUUGCGGUGGAUGCACAUAUUGUCUGACCUACUAUCAAACCUAAUGUCCUUGAAAAUUGCUUCAAUAUAUUUGCAUUAUGAAGUUU